AUGCGCAUCAUUCAUGUCGCUGCUGCUACAUCCUUGCUGAUAGCAUCAUUAGUUGAUGCUGCUCCAACUCAAAAGGUGCCCGGAAAGCAGCUACCUGGUCUUGAAAAUAUUAAGCAUGUUGUGUUCUUUAUGCAGGAAAAUCGCUCGUUCGAUAUGUAUUAUGGUACCAUGUACGGUGUCCGUGGGUUCCAAGAUCCUAACGUUGGCAUUCAGGACAACGGUCUCAGCCUUUUUUACCAGCCAUGCUCUGCUAGCCCUGAUAUCAAGAAUGGUACCAAGUAUCUCUUACCCUAUCAAUUGAAGGGCGAACGUGCUGGUUGUACAGCUGGCGGCUCUAAUUACUGGGAGCCAUUCCAUCGCGCUCUGAACAAUGGUAAGAACGACAAUUGGCCAGACGGAAACUCUCCCAAGUCAAUGGGCUACUUGACUCGUUCACAGAUUCCUUUCCACUAUGCACUCGCUGAUGCCUUUACGAUCCAUGAUAUGUACUUCCAGUCUGUUGCUGGCCCUACUCAUCCUAACCGUGUCGUCUGGAUGUCCGGCACCAAUAAGGACCCUCAUGGAAGCCGUGUCUUUACAAACAAUAUUGAUUUCCCUCCGCUCACCUGGUCGACGUACCCAGAGAUGUUAACCAAGGCAGGUAUCACAUGGCAAGUGUACCAAGGACUCGAUAACUUUGACUGUAACCCAAUGGCAUGGUUCAAGCAAUGGCAAUUACUCCCGCUUGGAAGUGCUGAAAAAAAGAAGGCCCUUGGAAAGCUUGGUCUCGACGCUUUUUAUGAAGCUGCUGAAAAGGGUACACUUCCUCAGUUCAGUUUGAUCAUUGGUCCCAGAGAACUUUCUGAACAUCCAGACAAUACACCUGCGGCUGGUGCCUGGAUCCAGCAACAGGUUGUCAAUGCGGUGAUGAACGGUAAGAACUGGAACAAUACGGCACUGUUUAUCAAUUAUGACGAAUCCGGAGGCUUCUUUGAUCACGUCGUACCCCCUCAAGCUCCCGAAAGCGAGUACGUCAAGGACCCUUUGACGGGUAAAAAGGUGCCUAUCGGAUUUGGUCCUCGUGUGCCCAUGGUCGUCAUCUCACCUUGGACUCGUGGUGGCAACGUCUUUAGCGAAGUAUCUGACCACACAUCGGCCCUCCGUUUCUUGGAGGAAUGGAUCGGUAAAGACGAAAAUGGCAACUACAUUGCACCAGCAGAAAACAUUUCCAAGUUUGCUCGUCAGACCUCUUCCAAUCUCGUCAACGUCUUUGAUUUUGACCAUCCAGACUACUCCAUUCCCAAGUUUGGCCCCGUUCCAAAGCCUGCCCAAGUCCUUGGGCUCUGGGCGCCAACAGAGAUGUGUGAAGCGAAAAUAACUGCCAAGAAAACAGAACCUCCUUAUGGCAAGCAAGUGGUCCCCACAGUCGAAUCGGGAUCCCGUCCUAUUCGUGGCAAAGUCGUUCUCGGUCGCAAACUUGCCUUUGUUACAGAGGAUGCUAAAGUCAUUCACCCUGACUCGGCCGCAAAAUCACUCCAGGUAUCCAACGCAAAGAUUGUCAAGCGACAAGAUGGAACAAUAUCUUUCAAGUUUUCGCAAGAUAGCCUCUUCUUCCUCUCUGAGACUGCCAAGAAGGAUCAUUUCAAGGUGCAUUUUGCCGGUCAUCCCGAUAAAUGCCUUAACUUGAAAGAAGGUAGCAUCGUCUUGGGUGAAUGCAAUACAUCAUGGUUCUUUGAACUUCAUGAAGGCCAUCAUCAUAUCAAGCACUCAGAAACAGAACACGCCUUAUCUAUUAACGCCGAACGCAAUGUCGUCUUGAAUCCCACUCAUGGUACUCACUUCAAGCUCCAUUCUGUUACUAUCUAA